UGGCAGCACUGAAGUGGACACCAGAACAGAAGAUAAUGAAACUUCGAUCGGGGCAAACAACGCCAGUGCUACCGAUCCGAAGGAAAAGCAGGAAAGAUCAGGACAUCAUCAGCAGUCGCAGAUUGGGUGAGCAGCGCGGCAAAGGAACAAGUGCGAAUUUAGGCAGAAACUUCGCCAAUUUCAUACUGUGCGAUUUGCGGCCGGGGUCGCCAACUCCCUGUGGAGGUCAGAGGGUGCUCCAGUUCGCCCCGAGGAUCCUCGGUGUUCGUGGAGCGCAGUAAACUGUUGGAAUUGGAAACACAAGAUGCCGACCACACAGCACUCACCGCAAGGUCAUACCCACGCGCACUCUCUCACCCAAAGACAUCCCCAAGAUAGCAGCGAAGCCAAGGAUUCGGAGGGCGGCGAGGCGGGCAACAUGCCCAACCUGUCCACUUUGUCGCUGGACGAACUGAAGCAGCUGGACAGGGAUCCCGAGUUCUUCGACGACUUCAUCGAGGAGAUGUCCGUGGUGCAGCACCUGAACGAGGAGCUAGACUCCAUGAUGAACCAGGUGGAGAACAUAUCCAAGGAGAACGAGAGCAAGGGCAGCCAUCUGGUGGAGCUGAAGCGCCGACUCAGCGAUGAUUACACAGCUUUAAAAACUCUGGGCGAGAAAUGCGACCAGCUGAACAAGAAGUACUUGAAGAAGUCGGAGGAAUACGCCCCUCAGCAUAUACGGGAGCUUCUUCAGAUCGCUGCUUCCAAUGCCGAUGCCGACUGCGAUCGGCAUGUGGAGCACUUCCUCAACGGAAAGAUCGACGUGCAGACGUUCCUCAACACCUACCAGAGCUCGAAGAAGAUCAGUGCCGAGCGCAAGGCCAAGGAGGAGCGUCUGGGCACCCAGCUAAGUGCCCUGGAGCGGGCUGGCAUUUAGGAUUGCCGUGGAACUCAUUGGCCGUGCAGUCCUUAGAAUGUUCGUCCCACACUCCUGCCGCCACGAGUCGCAAUAGUAGAGAAUAAGGAAGUUAGUAAAUAGGGAAGCUAAGUCAGAGAUGAAGCCGGCUGCUCAUGGCAUUGGGCAUCUGGCAUCUGGGGAUCCGAUCCAAGUCGAUCUGGUCGCCGUCCCAGAACAGAAAGCAACCUUAGGGAACCUUAGGGAAGUAACGAAACAGGCUCGCUAGUUUUACGAUUCUCAAACUCGUGUGCAUGGACAGAGUGGCUUGUUAUUCCAUCUGUACCUCCAAACACCCAAAAACCCCAUGUACCCCAUGUGUCUCACCCACUCCUCUCAAAAGCAGUCCAAAAUCGCAUGUAUUACCCAUAGACUAUAGACUAUUAUGGUUUCUGGUCGUUAUUUUUGGCUUAAUCGUCGGCCCAUCGAUAUAUUUGUACCAUUUAUAUGAAUAAACUUUAUGAUUUAGAUGA